AACUAAACUAACUAGCCCACUUGACUAAAGAAACUGGAACUGGGCUAGAAGUAUUGGCAUCGUUCUACAGAUACAGACUUCGUUGUUCUGUUGUUCAGUUGCUUCAGGACAGAUCCUUAAGAUACCAAACAUGGUCAGAACAAGGGAUGCGGCUGGUGUUAAAGUUGCGGGAGCCAAAGCUUCCCGUAAAGGCCCACCCCCUGCCCCGGUAACCCCAUCUUCUGCUGAUACAAACUCUGCAAAAAACAAAUAUGCUGGAGGCAACCCGUACUGUCCUCGCGAGACACCGGCUUGGCAGAAGCCAAUAACCCAGUUCUUUUCUUCUGCUAACAACGGUGCAUGCUCCAGCGGAGAAGGUUCUUCGUCUUCUUCAUCCGCUCAACCCACUUCUGCAGAACAACCCGCUACCGCUGAACAGUCCACUUCUGCAGAACAACCCGCUUCAGCUGAACAAUCUGCUUCUACAGAACAACCCGCUUCGGCUGAACAGUCCGCUUCUGCAGAACAACCCAUUUCUGAAGAACCUGGCACAUCUGAUGAUGCAAGGAUUUGAUUUAGAGAAUGAAGACUAAGAGUUUUUGAGAAGCAUUGUGUCAUUAUAUAUUGUUGAGUUUUGCCAGUGACACUAAGUCAAACUAAAGACUUAAGAGAACUAAGAGUAGUGUUAUUGUGUUAUUUAUAUUUUGUUAAGUUUUAUCAGUUACACUAUUUCACAUAAAAGUGACUGACUAAAAUGAAUAAGAAUAAGUGCAGUGCACUAAACUGGUAAUUGUUUACUUGAGCUCCUAACAAUGAAGGCUGGAGAAUCUAAGGUACUGCAAGUAUGUGAGUAACCUUGAGUUGUGCAGUGGUGUAAUUCAGAUUACUUCAAUAUUGAUUUUCAGUUUACCAUUCAUAGCUUAGUAAAAAAGUAAAAUUCCAUUCUUUUGACAUAAAUAAUGUAAAAUAUGUGUCAUGUUAAAAUCAUUAGUUAUCAUGAAUAUUUGACAAACCAUUGUAAAAUAGGAUAGAAGACUGAAACAGUUUGACUAUUGAACGGUUCUAUAGGAGCUAAGAUGUUAAAACCACUUCAUGGUAAUGUAUUUCAAUUUAAUGUGACUUCAAUGUACCUUUCUGUAAAGUAAGCCACAUAUAUUUCCAGUUCAUGUUA